UUUUAUACCCGCUUCAUUAAGUUUCCAAUAAAUGUACUGUAUAUAUUACACCACAAUUUAUGUGUACAAAAAUUCACAAAACAUCAUGUUCCACAUUUCAUACUUGCUUUUCUAUUAGGUAAUUACACAUCAUUUGACACCCUUCUUUUGUUAAUUUUCUGUCAAAAAAAUAUUUAAUGGGCUCUUCUCUAGGCGGCACGGCGAGCGACUGGUUAGAGCGUCUGCCUCACAGUUCUGAGGACCGGGGUUCAAUCCCCGGCCCCUCCUGGGUGGGUUUUCUCCAGGUACGACGCUUUCCUCCCACAUCCCCAAAAAAACAUGAUGGUAGGUUAAUUGACGACUCUAAAUUGCCCGUACGUGUGAAUGUGAACGUGACUGCUUGUUUGUUUAUUUGUGCCCUGCGAUUGGCUGGCAACCAGUUCAUGGUGUACCCCGCCUCCUGCCCGAUGAUAGCUGGGAUUGGCUCCAGCACUCCCGCAACCCUAGUGAGAAGAAGCGUCUCAGAAAAUGGAUGGAUGGAUGGGCUCGUCUCUAUCUUAUCCUUGUGUGAAUUUCAAGUACUGGAUGUACACUGAUGUUACACGAUACAACGAACUACACUUACGCACGUGACAAGUUUGCAGUACGCAUGCGUAACACGAGGUCACGCUCUGAUAUGACCAUAGGUAGAUCCGUCACACUCCAUUAGAGCUGCAUACGUAGGGCGACGUCAAGCUUAGUAGGGGCAAACUUCUAAAUGGAUUCCUUCGUGUGAACCGGAAAAAAACAAAAAAUUAAUAAAUUUAAAAAAUAAAACGAAAGAACAAGAAUCACAUUGUACUGAAUAUGGUGGUGCACAAGGCCACACAAUUACGACAAGACUGGUAAAAAUAAACUUAAGAUUUUGAAAAAAGCUUUUUUCCCCCCCAAAUGUUUGGAAUUGAAAAGACAAAGAACAUUGACAAAAAAAGUAAGCCUCCUGAAAAUCUGUUGAGAAAUGAGCAAGAUACGAUUUAAUUUCAAUAUCCAUACAUCGCCUUUGAUAGGAAAGUCGCCCCUUCCAACAUGGCCGCCACGUAGGCACGUUGGUUAGCCGGGGUGCCUUCAUAUUGGUGGUGUCAAUUAUUGUGGGCGCUCAAAAUUUGCAGGAAGCUACACGGUGUCGCUCUGUUUGUCCUGGCACUGUGUCGUUGGGGGCUCGAAUGCGCUGGUUCGGCUUCGGCUUUAACGCCUUUGGACAGAUACAUGGCGGUGAUUUUGCUAUUGACGACACCAAUGAAGUUAAAGUGAUCACACCGACAGAGUUGACGUGUCAUGUUGAUGGAAGCUGCUGUAAGAAAACAAGUGGACUCCGAGCGAGUUGGAGUCGUAGAGCAUCCCUUCACUGGAAUGGUGGUCGCUGUUUGUGCUUGGCAGGUUUCAAGGCUGCGAGUGGGAUUUAUGGGACAGGGUGCACGGACGCAGUUAUCGGGGAGUCUUUCUUAAUCCUCGCUUUUCCAGACAGAAUUGAAUCAUGGGACAUGGACAACGACGAGAAGAAGACUCCAGUCUGGAGCAUGGAAGUCAAAACAACGUCCGAUAGUGCUGAUGCCCCUCUGAAUCUGCCAUUAAUCACUGAUGGUUACAUUGCCAUAAAACCUCCCUUCUACCGGCCAUUAUCUCCACACCUGAAGGCCACCAGACUGGCAAUGGGUGCAGAGCACAGCGUUCUCCUCAGCGCCUCUGGAGCUGUGUACACCUGGGGACUGGGCAGUCACGGUCAGUUAGGGCACGGGGGUCUCUCAUCUGAAGAGCAGCCCAGGGUAGUGGAGGCUCUUUGGGGCAUGACCAUGAGCUGUAUAGCCACAGGAGGCUGGCACACUGUCUGUAUUAGUGAUGGGGGUGACCUGUAUGUGUGGGGCUGGAACGAGAGUGGCCAGCUUGGACUUCCCUCGCGAGCUGUGAGGCGGGCACAGCAGCAUCAAAGUAGUCCAGCAGCAGCAGUUACAGACUCGUCGUCAUAUACAGAUACACCAGAGGGAGAGAAGUACAAAGAAGUGUUUAUAUCCAUCCAGGCAUUCCCAGCACUAUUGGACAUCACUCCAUCGUGUGAGGUGACGGCGGUUGGCUGUGGCUCCCGACACACAGCUGCAGUGACAUCUGCAGGUGAUCUCUACACAUGGGGAUGGGGUGAGUUUAAGUCUGACUGGACUGGUGUAGCAAAUAUUCUCAGUGACAGCAAUAUAAACUUUAAUACACAAAAGGGACAAUUUCUUUGUUUUCCCCUCAGGUCAGUAUGGUCAGCUGGGAUACGAGGCAUCCUGUUCCGACGAGCCGCACCGUGUGGAGUUCUUCACGAAACAACAGAUGCGUGUCGUCAAUGUGACAUGUGGGACGUGGAAUACUUUUGCUGCUGUAGUCAAGGAGGAAGUGGCAGCCUCUUAAAUAUGGAAUCCUAUAGAUAAACAUGGACUUUGUACUAUAUCCUUAAGGACUUGAAUUAAAGUAUUUGUAUAUGGUCAAAAAUGUGAAA